AUGAAAGCAAAUCAGGAAGAAGUAGAAAGACUACGAAAGGAUAGAGAAAAAGAUGAAGAACACGCAAAAAAAAACAAUGAAGAAAUCAGAAGAUUAAAAACUGUUAUUGAUGACCCUAACAGAAGUGAUGAAGAGAAAGAAAGAGCUCGUAAAAGAAUAGUUUUAUUAGAAACUGAAAAUAGAAAGUUAAGAGACAAAAAUAAAGAAAGAGAUAAACAGAUUGAAGAAAAAACUAAAACUCCACCAGCACCUUCAGCACCAUUAGGCUUGUCUUUACCUAAACUAAUAGAAAAGGAAUUAAAAAGAAUAGAGAAAAUUACUGAUUCAGAAGAACAGAUUAAAGAAGCCGAAAAAGUAUGGAAAAUAUGCGAUAGAGUUUACGAUUUGGUUUAUAAUGUUCCUGAGGGGGUUAACCCUAGUGAGCCUUAUGGUUUUAAUCAUUUCAAAAAGUUAUACGAACAACUUAAAUAUGUAAAAAAUAAACUACCUAAAAGUAAAAAAGGUGCAAAAAAACCAAAUUCAAGUUUGGGAGAAAAUAAUGAUGAAACUUUUUCUGAGUUAACUUUUGAUGAAGUUUCCAAAGAUGAAAAGGAAUAUAUUAAUUGCCAACAAUGUUUUAAGGAAAUUAAGUGUGUAAAUGAGAAUAAAAAUUUUACCAAAUACUUAAAUGUUAUUCCGGAUGGGGAUGACAUCUACUGCCGUGCUUGCUACCAAUUAGUAAAACAAGAACAAAAAAAAAGAGAAGAACAAGAAGUUCGUUCUUGUAAGUUCUGCUCUACUGAGCUAGUAAAAGAAGGAAACUUAAAAUACUCAUUAAGAAUUUGUGAUAAGGAUAAUUGUUUACUUAAAUUAGAUAAAGAAUUAUAUCCUAAUAAAUAUUCGCAAGCAAAUGGUGAUAUAGAUAAUUUAGGCAAUAAGAAACAAAAUCCUACUAGUUCUAAUAGUCAAGAAUUAGACUCUAAAAAACAGCAAUUAAAAGACUUAGAGACUAAAGCUAAAGAACUAAUUAAACCUUUACCUUUAGAUACUCAAAUUACUAUCCUACAGAAAGAAAUCAAAAUUUUAGAAACUAAAGCUACUAAAAACUCUCUAGAAGAAGUAUUGUUAUCCAGCAAAAAGAAAGAGUUAGAAGAGUUAUUAAAAAGACAGAAUAAUUCUAACAUCAAUAAUAGUAAACCUGCUGAUAAAGUUAUUCUUUAUAUUGGAUGUGGAAUAGUAGGAGUUGCUUUAACCUGCGACACAAAUUUCACGGAAGAACUACAAAAAGAGCGAGAAGCAAAAGGCUUUAGUUAUGAAGAAUGUUCUCUUAACCUUCAGGAAUUUAUUAGUUUAAAGGAACUGAAAUGCUCUCGAAAUCAACUAACUUGCCUUGUUCUGCCGGAAAAUGGAGAAAAACUGAUUGUCUUAGAUGUAAGUGAUAACCAAUUAACUGAAUUAAUUUUAGGCGAUAAUAGGGGAUUUGUUGAACUUAACUGCCGAAGUAAUCUUUUGACCAAAAUUAAUUUUAAACAACUAAAUCCACAAAAACUAAAAAAAAUUAACUUGGAAAACAACAAUUUUUUUGAACAAGAUCUAACUUUUUUAAAAAACUUUUCUAAUUUAGAGGAAGUUAACAUUGGCAAUUAUAACAAAAAAAAGAUUAAAAGUAAUAUUUACAACCGCUUUUGUGGUUCUUUAGAACCCUUAAGAAGUCUAACUAAAUUAAAAUCGCUAAGUAUUAGUAAUACUGAAAUUGACAGAGCCACUGAAAGUGCUAAGGUUAUUUUUUCUUUGUUACCACAGAUUGAAGAAAAAAUUAAGAUCUCUCCUAUAUUCCAAGAAGGUAAUCAAAAAUGUUAUAAAUUAAAAAAGUUAAUUGUAAAAGAGUUGAAAGUUACUUACGAGUUUUCUUCUGAUAAAAAUAAAGAGAAAAAGGAAAUCUUGAAAUUUUCCCCGCUUACAAAGCACCAUUCAUUAGAAGAAACUAAGAAAAAAGUUGAGGAAAUUAAACAAAAGCUCAAUAGUGAUAAUCCUAUUUUGGCCAUAGUGGAAAGUGAUGAUUUUAAAAUAGACAAAAUUAUAGAAAAGUCCAAAUUACCUAAGGAUGCUAAAAGCAAUCCUGAUAAAGAAAACAUAGGUAAUCCUUUGCUCCCAAUUACUACUUAUCAUGCUGCCAUCUAUUUGGGUAAUAGUCAGGUAGCUCACAUAGCAACCUACAGUCUUAAAAGAAUAUCAGGCAAAGUUAAACUACAGCAAAACUUUCAGGAAGAGAAAAGCAUUAGUUCCUAUUUAAAACCAAUAUUUAGUUCCCUCAACUCUCACUCUACGGCCGGAGAAAGCACGAGAGCACAGAUUAUGGAGCAUAUUCUAAGAACAAUUUUUAUCCAACAUGCCAAAGAGCAAUAUAGCUUCCUCAAAAAAAACUGCCAACAUUUUGCUACUCUUUGUGUCUAUGGAGUGCCUUUUUCAGAUCAGGUUAUAAGUGCUGUAAGUAAAUUGGGGGUAUCGUUCAAUUUCGAUUUAGCGAAAGAAAUAAUUAAAAGCAACGAUGAAUUUGAAGUAGUGGAUUUAGAAAAGAUUCUUGUGGAGAUUAAAAUAGAAGCACAGACAAAAUUAUUGUUAACCAUUCAUGUAGAUAUUUUUAAAGAAUUAAGUCAAGAAGAACAGAAGAGAAUGGAAAGAGACAAUCCUAUCAACUAUCUCCUUCACGAUGUAGAAGGGCAAAAGUUAUUAAGUAAAGAAGAACUUGGAAGAAGGUUAAGGAAGGUAACUACAAAAGUAAGCGAUAAUGAAAUACAAAUUGUUCAUCAGUCAUACAAGGAAUGUGUAGUAUUAAGUGAUUGGUUAAGAAAUUUGCAGGAUGAAAAACAAUAUGAAAAACAUAUUAAAGAGGAAUUUAAGCAAGUAGACAAAGAAAAUCUUAAUUCUAGUCUCCCCCUAGUUACCGUUGCCUGUAUUGCUUGCAAUUCAUCCAUUCAGGAAAAUGAAGAAAUUUAUUAUUUUAAGAGCAGACCGCAAGAGAUUAUUUGUAAUUCGUGCAAGGCACAGUGCCUAGAAAAUUACUUUAAAGGUUAUAUGAAAGGUAUUAAAAAAGGAAGAGAUAUUGGUCGCAGAAUAACAGAAAUCGAAAGUUUUUCUAUUGAUGAAAAAGAUAAAGAGAACCGAAAAAAACUUCAGCAACAAAUUCAACAAAACUUAGAUGAUGAUAACAAAAAAAAACUCCAAUCCAAUAUCGAAAUUUCUCCCAAAAAAUAA